AUGUGGAUCAAUCAAGCAUCAUCAUGGGCCUUCGGACUCUCCCUGAUAACGUCUGUAACCUCCUCACCCAUCCAGGUCCGAACUACAGGCCCAUGGAUGGCCAUUGACUCGGACUUCCCUGACCCCGGCUUCGUCCAAGCGGACGACGGCGUGUGGUAUGCUUUCGGCACCAAUGGCAAUAACAGGACCGUCCAGGUCGCCAGGUCUCCGGACUUCAAGACAUGGACCCUCCUUGAUAAAGAAGCCCUGCCUACACUCGCAGGAUGGGAGACCCAGAUUGACCACUGGGCACCAGACGUAGUCCGACGAAACGACGGCAAAUACGUCCUCUACUACUCAGGCGAAGCCAAAGAGAUGCUCAGACACCACUGCGUCGGCACCGCCGUAUCUGAAGGCACCGAUCCAUCGGGACCCUACAUCCCCAACCCCACUCCCCUCUCCUGCCGUCUCGACCAAGGCGGCUCCAUCGACUCGUCAGGCUUCCUCGACAAAGACGGCACCCGGUACGUAGUCUUCAAAGUCGAUGGCAACAGCAUCGGCAACGGCGGUGAUUGCAACAAUGGCAUCGCACCCCUGAAACCCACCCCAAUCCUCCUCCAACAAGUAGCCACCGACGGCUUCACCCCCGUCGGCGACGCCGUGCAGAUCCUCGACCGCGACGACAGUGACGGGCCACUCGUCGAAGCCCCCAACCUCAUUCUUCACGGAGACACAUACUUCCUCUUCUACUCGACUCACUGCUACACCGACCCGCUGUAUGACAUCCGCUGGGCAACCGCCAAAUCAAUCACCGGCCCAUACACCAAGACGGGCGCCCAGCUGGUCAAAUCCGGUGACUAUAACCUCGUUUCACCCGGCGGAGGCACGGUCUGUGGCUGCGGCGAUAAGAUGCUCUUCCAUGGGUUCUGUGGCGACAAUAGACGGUGCACAUAUGCUGCAGAUAUAACUAUCCAGGGCACUCAGGUCUCGUUUGUUUGA